GGGCACUGUUUCCAUCGCAAGGGGAAACCAACUGGACAUCUUGGGCUCUGUUACAAUCGUAGUACUGUACAGGGGCGCUCUAUGGCAAACAUCAGCGAGCUGAGAUAAAAGCCUCUCGUCGAAUGAUGACGAUGCUCUCUCGAUACCCUCUGACCGCACUUGAAACUCGGCCUCUCAAACUAAAGCUGAAGCUCAACCGACCAUGGCCCAGGUUUAGGCUACCUCUCACUCGUAGACUACAUCUUCUCUCCCUUUCCAAUAACAACAACCCACUUUCCCCUCGCAUACGUCCGCCUCACUCCCGACCCAGCCCACAUCGUCAUCUCUCCACCUCCCUUGAAUCCAUAACCACCCCCUCCCUUGACCCCAUAACCACAACCCCCUCAACCCCCCUUCUCCUAACGAUCCUCCUCGGCCUCCCCCUCGCUCUCUGGACAUACAAAUGUCUCAUGAUGUACAUAUUUCAGAGGAAGAUUAUAUAUAUGGGGUAUGCGCCUAUUGGGGCGAGGCGGGAGAGGUUGGCUGGGCGGUCUGAUGGGGAGAGAUUGGCUGGGCGGUUUGAUGGGGAAGGCACUGGUGGUGGGGGUGGUGAGAUGGGUGGAAUGGGUGGGACAGGUGAAGUCGUGCAAGUACCGAAGGGCGUGGAGGUCGAGGAGGUUAGGAUACCGAGUGGGAAGGGCGGGAUGUUGAGUGGGAUUGUGGUCAGGAAGGAGGGAGAGAUGGAUGAUAAUAGUAUGGAUGCGGGAAGAACGGUGAUUGUGUAUUUUCAGGGCAACGCCGGCUCCCCCCUGCACCGCCUUCCCCUCUUUCACUCCCUCCUCACUUCCUUCCCUUCCUCUUCCCGCUCUUCCUCUACCACCUCCUCCUCCCAACCUCAUGCACCUGCACCACCACCACCAAUCAUCCUCGCCGUCGCCCCCCGUUCGUACUGGACGUCCGUCGCACCUCCGUUCUCACCCUACUUUCCCUUCUUUAAAUCCGGGCCAAGUCAAGACGGUCUCAUAGAGGAUUACACAGCCGUCCUGCGGUACGCUUCCGAGCGGUGGGCAGACAAAGGGGAAGGGGUGAGGAUUGUGGUAUGGGGACAUAGUCUGGGCGCGAGCGUCGCGGUGUGUACGUUGUCUUCGAUCUCGGCGUGCACGGAUGUUAGUAUGCGUGGUCCGGCAGAUUCAUCGUCGUCGCAGCGUUCCUCAGGCUUGUCCUCGGCGCCGAAUCCGACGUCUUCAUUAGAUGUCGAUCCCCACCCUCGCGCCUACACCCGCUUCACAGCCCUAAUCCUCGAAAAUCCCUUUCUCUCCAUCCCACACAUGCUCCGUGCGCUCUAUCCACAGAAAUGGCUGCCUUAUCAUUAUAUGGGAGGUUUGGUGUGGGAUACGUGGGAUGUGGAGGGGGUCGUUAGGCGUUUAGUCACAAGGCAACAGGAGAGGAUGGAGGGUGCUUCGGGUGCGGAUGAUCUGGGCGUGGAGAAGGCGGUGGAGGUGGAAGUGAGGAAGGAGUGUGAGGAGAUGGUGAAAGAGAACGUGAAGGUGGCAGAACGAAGCUUGUUGGAAGCUUUAUUGCCGGAUAUGAUGGUCCUCCUGAGCGAGAAAGAUGAAUUGGUGCCCAAUGAGCAGGGGAGGCAGAUAUGGGAGGAUACGGCGCCGUUUCGUUCACUUUCACUUUCACGUUCACGUACAUGUUCGAGCUCUGGCUCUCAACAUGACCGCUCUGGGUCUGAUCGCGUAACGGGUACAAAGGGUGGAGUCGAUGCUCGGGUUGGAGUGGAUGAUGCAGAUAUGGACGGCGAUGGUGGGCUGGCAAGACUCGUAGUGAUCGAGAAAGCGCUGCAUGAGGAUGCGUGGAAGUAUAGACGGUGGGGCGUCGAGAUGAGGAGGUAUAUACGGGAUGUGGAGCAGAAGGGGAGAUUGGUACGGGGAAGUAGGAAGCAGUAG